AUGCAGCGGCCAGCGCCUGGAGGGCCAGAGUCGCCUGGUGCUCCCACUCUCGCAGGCGCUGCACGUCUCUCUGCCAGCUCCUGCGGCAUGUCGUGCGCGCCUUCGUCUCGACCGCGCUCUGCUGGGCUCAAGAGCGUAACCUUCGACUUGAAUCUAGAACGUUACCCUGUACGCGCCAGCCCCGCUGGCGCCGACAGGGGGUCCUGGCAGACCGGGGCGUUCGCCAGCGAGCUGCACUUCGGCAGUGACGUGAGCACGGACUCCUCCGCGGGGCCCGAGACCCGGCUAGAGGCUUUUAUUGUUCUGCAGGAGAACAGUCGAGACAAGGCUGCGUCUGCGAGGUCUACCACUGCUGAUGGGGCCUCCAGUGCGCAGGAGGAUGGGGAUGACAUUUCGUUGGCCGAGAUUGAGGCGUAUGCUAAUGAGCAGGCCAGCCGGCUUACGUCUUUGAUGGACAAGCGGCGCGCUCGCCGCACGGCCACCGUCAGCACUGGUCGUACGAGGCAGGUGGAGGGCAUCAGCUUCCAGGUGAAGACGUCCACCCUGUGGCAGCGGAGGGGCUUUGCAGAGUAA